AUGGAUAGCAAACUGAAAGGUCCAGAUGAGGCCUCUUCUCUUCCUCAGGCUCUUCAAGCUUCUAAGCCCAUCACAAUUUCUAGCUGGUUUCCGAUUGAACAGCACAUACUCAAGAAUAUCGUGAAGCAAAGCUUUCCGCUCAAUUCCAAAUUUAGUGCUGAGAUGGUUGUAGAAGGGCAUUUACGGGUUGAUUUCAUGGCCAUAUUUUUUAUGCAGAAUGCCACCGGGCAGCCCGACAAGCCAAGACACUUUAAAUGUAUCCUCUCUCGUAGCUAUACUUUUAUCAAUAGGAUAAAGAAGGCAAAUACAAACUGA